GAGAACUCGCUCACGGCUUCCUGGGAAAUGUAGUUGGAUAUUCGCGUUAGUCGUAUAAAUCCCCGCACUCUGAAUUUCAAUCUGAAUCUGAAUCUUGUUUGUCUGUGGGGAACCUGGGAACACCUCAUAAACGUGAUUCAGCGUUCACAAGAGGCUUUUUGGAAACACGAUAGCUGUUUCGCGGGGGGGAGCGGGGCGGCGGCGGCGGCGCAGGCCCACUUUGGCUUCCGUGACUUCCUCAUUGUGGCGAAUCUGCCGUUGCGACUCGGGGGCUGGCCAGUCGGGGCCAACAACCAGACGCUGUGGAAUCUGCCGUGGGAAGAACUGCGCGAGGGGUUCUUGAGCAGUCAUGGCUGUUGCGGCUUCCUCCAAAGGUGGGGGCUCCGCGCCUGAGGCGGCGAGUUCCACAGAAGCCCAGCUGCAGUACAGCCUUCUUCUGCAAUACCUGGUGGGCGACAAGCGCCAGCCGCGGCUUCUGGAGCCUGGGAGCCUAGGCGGGAUCCCGAGUCCGGCCAAAAGCGAGGAACAGAAGAUGAUCGAGAAAGCGAUGGAAAGCUGCGCCUUCAAGGCAGCGCUUGCUUGUGUGGGAGGAUUUGUUUUGGGAGGUGCAUUUGGGGUAUUCACUGCUGGCAUUGAUACCAACGUAGGCUUUGACCCUAAGGAUCCUUACCGUACACCGACUGCAAAAGAAGUUCUUAAAGAUAUGGGGCAGAGAGGAAUGUCCUAUGCCAAAAAUUUUGCCAUUGUGGGUGCCAUGUUUUCCUGUACUGAGUGCUUGGUAGAAUCUUACCGGGGAAAGUCAGAUUGGAAGAACAGCGUCAUUAGUGGCUGCAUCACUGGAGGAGCCAUUGGUUUCAGAGCUGGCUUAAAGGCCGGGGCCAUUGGUUGUGGAGGUUUUGCUGCUUUCUCUGCUGCAAUUGAUUAUUACCUCCGGUGAAAGAACUUGCCUGUGGGGAAGGAUGCGAGCCCAGGACUGGAACUGUUCUUGGAGGACUCUUUCUGUACCACUUGGCCCUUGCUUCAGGGCUGAAGACAUUUGUUUUCCCUCAUAGAGCUGGUGUUUUGAGGGUACUUCCUGGCUGCUCUCUGCUUCCAGCCUUCGGAACAGCCAUAGCCUGCUGCUCCUUGACUUCCAAGUUUUCAGGGGAUGUUCCAUGCCAGAUUGUCUCCAUAGAGCAGGUCAGGAGUCUGUGUAUUGACUGCUUGGAAUUAAGUUUCACAGAGGCUCAGUCCUGAUGGCAUCCAGUCUUUGGUUGUUUGGUGCUGUGGACGGGAAGGUGGCAGUGUGUUUACAAGGCCCAGGAAGCUCUUUUGCCUUGGAACUCCACACAAACAUCUACUAUGAUACCAGGGCAGGGCAAAGUAAACUCAUGCCAUCCAUCCAAGUAUGUCUUUUUGUUUAAUAUUCUGUCAUCCUUGUUAAAAUGUAUUUAUAUAACAGUUUAAAAAGUUGGGUUAUUUUUAUUUUCAAUUUCUACAUUUCCCCACAAUGGUGCCGGGUGGCCCGAAGAGUGACAAUCCAAUAAGAAAGAGUGAGAAACUUCCUGAGAAGUCUACGAAUGCUAGAUUCUCAGGGUUUGUAGAAGACUGUCAUCAUCACCAAAUCAUCACAUUGGCCAGACUUCCUCCCCAGAAGCCCAGCCUAGUGCUUUCUAGGAUACACUGAAAUUCCCCGCAUGAUCCCCACUGGCUUCUUCUGAAAAACCUGCUGGGCUCCCUGAUAGGAUGCUUGUAGUUUGCUGAACCACAUAUUGGUUUCCUGCCCAGGCUUAGCUCAGGGACAUGUGUGAAAGGGUCCUGCUGUGGUCAUCUAGCAGCUACUGGCCAAGAUUAUAUUGUAGGAUUGUUCACCACCACCCUUGUUCUCUACUUUUAGUGGGUUUCUAAAAUUUUUUAUGUCUUUAACUUGUGGUCUCAUAGUGAAAAUAACAGCUGAGCCCAAUUGUGUGCUAUAGGCAAAAAACAAAAACAAAAAUCUUUUACAGUUGGGCUCUGCUAUGUGCUGUGCUGCUUUUACUCUGUUGCUCACACCAUGGGGUUUACUUUUGGGCGGGGGGCAGACAGUAGGCUUGGUGGAGGCCACAUUAUCCUGGCUCCCUUCAGUUAGUGAUACUGUUUCUUUUUUACUGUAAAGUAACUUCCACUUUUUUGCUUUCUUAGCUUUUCUGUUUUUCAAUUCACCCACUCUUAACCAGAAUUCCAAGACUCAGCUUUAGCAUCCAGCCAUCCUGUGUGUAUAUAUUUGUAUUAGUGAGUUGUCAAACCCAGCUGGUAACACCUUCCUCUGGCUGUGCCUGCUGUUUCCUUGUCAUGAGUGUGAGCUAGCACAUAGGACCUAUAUCCUUCUAUGGUAAAUUCUACAUGGUGUCUGUCCCAGAUUUAGGAAUGCUUCUGAUCCUGUCCCUAAAUACUUCAUACCUAAAACCACCUUGAGGGAAGGGCAGGCAGACAUUCUUCCAGCCAGGCUUGUACAUGGGAUGGAAUAUAAAAAAUGCUGCCCUAACAACUGCUUUGGCAAAAGAUGACCCUAGAGGCUGUCAGUAGCCAUCAGUUCAAUAAACCAAGAAUGCUUAAGUCUUGUCUGCACUAACUAUUCAAUCGAGAGAGAUGAAUAGCUUCCUGUUUUAGAUGGCCAGGGAGUUAGUAUGAGCUCAUAAACCAAACAGCAAUUUUCAGAGACAUCUGUUUCCAAUCUCCAGAAUAAAUACAAUGUCCAAUGGCUUAGGCUAGAGGUAGCCCUUAUUAACCCCACUGGCAAUCCCAAAAGGAAGGUGGGUCCUUCGGGAGAUGCGGCUUCCUUCCCGGACAAACAGACCAAAAGGCUGCCCAGAGAUAUGCCACUUCCAAGGAAAGUGUAGAGAGAAGUUUACAGAAAAUUAAGAGACAACUUCUUUCCAACUCUCCAAGGAACAUUAAUGGCUAGGUCUGCUGAGAUACUUUGAGAACUGCAGCAGCAAACUCAGACAGUGAGACCAGCAGCAGCCUGGCAGUAGUUCAUCUGAAGACCUCUGGAAAGAGGAAGGAGAGAGCUCGGGCUCACUUUGCCCCAGUCACCAAAGGCCAAAGGGAAGACCCAGGGACAGUUAGCUAGGUAAACAGGUUCUUGGAAACAUGUGGAUGCAGCUGGAGGAAUUAAAUAUUUAGAUUGGUGGUCUUUUCUGAACUACUGAGAUUACAAACAUCUAUACCACAAGGUUGUUUUGUGCAAAUGUUGGGGCUUUGCAUUUUUUUUUUAUUAACAUUUUCCUUUCACAUCGUUUACAUCAAUUUAUAAUAAUCUACAUAAGUUGAAACA